UACGAGACCUUUAUACAUUCUGACAGUAUAUUAUAGCGGUUUGCAUCACUGAUUUGGCAUUGGUAAUUACGCUCAUGUCAAGAUAGGCACAAUGUGGUUACCGACAUUACUCUGUGUGGUAAUAUUAGCGUCAGUUACUCAUGGACAAGAUGAAGGACUCCCGUGCAUCCAGAGGACGUUCGACCAGAACUCCUUCGUCUGCGUCUGCAACGCCACCUACUGCGACACCCUGCCCCGCCCCUCGACGCCCAUGAAGGGCCAGUUUGCCGUCUACACUUCGGACCUCAGGUCGAAAAGGUUCUUCAAGAGUGUCCACAAUUUUGAGUCUGGAAGUCUUGGCGUCGGGGCUCCGGAAGUGGCGAACUUCAAACUGGGUUUGACGUCAUUCCAGACGAUGUUGGGAUGGGGAGGAGCCUUCACGGAUGCUGCAUCUCUCAACAUUCUCACUCUGUCGACUGAGGCUCAGGAUAUGCUACUUAGGUCUUACUUCGCCGAGUCCGGCAUCGAGUACAACAUCGGACGCAUCAAUAUGGGAGGCUGCGACUUUUCUUGGAGAGCUUAUACUUGCGAUGACUUUGAGGGUGACGUCACGCUUGAGAAGUUUGAGUUACAGCCCGAAGACCUCAAGUAUAAGAUUCCCGUCAUCAGGAGAGCAGCCGCCAUGUCUGAAAAAGGAAUACACAUUUUCGCCUCUGCUUGGUCAGCCCCUCCGUGGAUGAAGACCAACAACGACUACGUUGGGUACGGGCAGCUCCUGAAGGAUAUGUACCAGCCCUGGGCCAACUAUUUCGUCAAAUUCCUCGACGGAUACGCCGAGAACGGCGUCAAGAUUUGGGGUGUGACGGCUGAGAACGAGCCAACGGCUGGGUACACGCCCGGCUACCACUUCAACUGUAUGGGCUUCACGGCAGAGGAGGAGAGAGAGUGGGUAUCCGAGUACCUCGGACCAACCCUGGAGGCCCAUGGGUAUGGCGACGUCGUGCUCAUGAUCAAUGAUGACCAGAGAUCAUAUCUGCCAGAGCGGGCAGAGACGGUGCUGAACACCACAACAGCUCGUCAGUACGUGGAUGGGAUCGCAGUCCAUUGGUACAGCGACGGUUCAGCAAGCCCCGAGAAGCUCGCGAGUACUCACGAGAAGUUCCCCGACUACUUCAUUCUCGGGACAGAGGCGUGCCAAGGGUUCGCUGGUCCCUUUGCUGAAAACCCCGUGCGCCUUGGGUUGUGGGACAGGCUAGAAACUUACGCCCACGACAUCCUAGAGGAUGUGAACCACUGGGUCGCCGGGUGGACCGAGUGGAACCUCGCAGUGAACAUGGAGGGUGGACCGAACUGGGCCAACAUGUCUGCUGACGGUCCCAUCAUUGUGAAUCAUGAAAAGGACGAAUUCUACAAAAACCCCAUGUUCUACGGCCUUGGCCACUUCUCCAAAUUCGUCAAGGAGGGCGCGGUGAGGCUGGAACUGACCUCGGAUGACCCACAUUCCCUAGAGUCCGCUGCCUUCAGAAACGAAGAUGGGACGAGGGUGGUCAUCAUCCUCAACAGGUCCGAAACUGCAGUGGAGGCGAGAGUGCAAGUUGAGGACCAAGGUACUAUGGUACUCUCGGUGGGACCCAGAUCUCUACAGACAGCAUUAUUUGCCUAAGAACUCAAUCAUGUGAACCCCAUUAUUGACUAAAGUUAUUCAUCCCUA